AUGUCAGACGCAUACGAGCUUUACCUCUCAGGAAUUGGCACUCUACGUCCUGCCGCUACGCCUCUGAACUUACGCAUCGGCCUGAAGCAACUCAAUCUCGACCAGGCGGAGGAGCUUGUCAAUGCCGUGUCACAUCCGCGAUCAGAAAAAUAUGGCCAGUACUGGACACCACAGCAGUUUCUGGAGAUGUUCGGGCCAUCCAGUGACGCUGUGUCUGACACGAUUGCCUGGUUACUGAAGGCAGGUGUGCCCAGAAAGAGCAUAGCUCUGAGUGCUGGGAAGAACUGGAUCAAAGUUGACACGACUGUUAGGCUUGCGGAGUUUCUGCUUGAUACAACGUACAGCGUGUAUGAGAGUGCCAUCGAGCUUGUUGCCUGCGAAACAUACAGCGUUCCUGCGGAUGUUCGGCGCCAUAUAUCGACCUUAUAUAAUAUUCCGGAGAAGGGGGAGUCUGUGGAGGGAAACAGCUAUGGUAUUGUAGAGUAUGCGCCACAGAGCUAUAACCAGGAGGACCUCAACGGUUUCUUCAGCGUCUCCGGCAACAUCCCAAACGACACAGCCCCAUCCUCGAGCGCAUUGAUGGCGGCUAUCUUUCCAACGAAACCGGGUCCGGAACCCGCUUCCGCAACAGUGCCGACUCUGGUUCCCUUUGCGUGCUGCCGUAACGGCGCCGAAAAAACAAUUCAAACACAAGCGAUCUACGAAAAGAUGCCGAUCCCUCCGCCUUGCGGCGCCCUUGCGGGUGCUUUCCGCGUCCUCUGUCUGCGGUGCCUUCGGGCAAAAGCUCGUGGUCUGGAGGACCACGAAUGUGUCUGGCCUCCGGCCAGCUCAAAGUGCGAGUACUGCACUGGGCAACAUGCCCCGUGUGUCUCGCUCCCUUGGUUCCUGGGCCCCGAGUUCCGCGCCCUCCUCGACGCCGAGGCGUCAACCAACCCCGACCCCGCCGCCAUCAAGGCUGCUGCUGCGGAGGCAGCCCGGGUCGUCACCCUUGCGGGCCAGUCGGCCCCAAAGUUUCGCUCCGCGGCGGAAGCCGCCUCCUACGAGGAGGCCCGCGCGAUGCGCGCCGCCCUCGAGGAGGGUCUCGGCGGAAUUCGUGCGUCGCUGGCCCGCCUCGAGGCGGGGCAGGCGACUGUCCCGUCCGUCGUGGCGGGCGCCGUGGCGGACGUGGUGGCCGCCGUGGGCAAACUGCCCGCAGCGGUCGCCACGACCCCGUCCCGCGGCGGUCGCGGUGGGAGGAAGGGGGGUGAGCCGGCUGGAGAGCCGGAGGGGGGCUUCGGCCCGGACUAUGCGGAGGAGUAG